GAUCUCCAUGUUAGAUUUGUGAGGGAGUAGAUCUCAUCUACCGCUGUUAAGACUCUUUGAAAUCGUUCAACUCAUAUACAGUAGCAGAGUAUAACGUGUCUUGGUUUGAUGUCUGCUUCUGGAACACCUGUUGAAAUUGAGAAGUUUGAAUUUCUCUCUCUCUUUCUAGUUUCCAGGUGCUAUUCAUGCUUGAGAAAGCAGUGAGAGUUCUGAAUUUGAGUAUACCGAUAAGAUCAUGAAUUUCUUGAUUGGAGCUUUCAAGCCACCUUGUACCGUUUCAAUCACCCUCGCAGACGCAAGAAAUCGUAAGCAGGUUCCUUUGAAGAAGGACAAUGGUCAAACGAUCAUGGUUCCUCUUUUCCAAAGUCAGGAAAGCAUCGUUGGAGAGGUUGUUAUAGAGCCUACCCAAGGGAAAAAGUUGGAACAUAAUGGUUUUAAGAUUGAAUUACUUGGUCAGAUAGAGUUGUUCUUUGAUAGAGGAAACUUUUAUGAUUUUACUUCUCUUGUUCGUGAACUUGAGGUCCCUGGAGAAUUAUAUGACAGAAAAACUUAUCCCUUUGAAUUCUCUACUGUGGAGAUGCCUUAUGAAUCAUAUAACGGCGUAAAUGUUAGGCUUAGGUAUAUUUUGAAAGUGACCAUCAGUAGAAAUAUUGUCAGCAACAUUGUGGAGCACCAGGAUUUUGUGGUUCGCAACUAUACUCCUCCUCCACCAAUCAAUAACAGCAUUAAGAUGGAAGUUGGAAUCGAGGACUGCCUACACAUUGAGUUCGAAUACAGUAAAAGCAAGUAUCAUUUGAAGGAUGUCAUUAUUGGCAAAAUAUAUUUUCUUCUGGUGAGAAUAAAGAUAAAAAAUAUGGAGCUUGAGAUCAGGCGGCGAGAGUCAACGGGAUCUGGACCUAAUACGUAUGUGGAGACAGAGACCCUUGCAAAAUAUGAAUUGAUGGAUGGUACUCCUGUACGAGGAGAAUCUAUUCCGAUCAGACUAUUCCUAAGUCCGUAUGAACUCACUCCGACAUAUCGCAACAUCAAUAACAAGUUUAGUGUGAAAUAUUAUUUGAAUCUUGUUCUAGUUGAUGAAGAGGAUCGGCGAUACUUUAAGCAGCAAGAAAUCACAGUUUAUCGGCUCCUUGAAACUUCUUGAUUGUUUAUAAUGCUUGAAGAACCUCGAACAUAUUAGGAAGAGCAUAGAAAGAGCAGUACAUGUAGAACCAUUAGAGUGGAGCCUAUUAUUUGGAUCUUUGGAGGAUUUUCGUGUCGGUAAUGUUCCCGUGAUUGGUAAGUGGAAGCUCUGCGAAUGUCUUGAUUUUUGCUCCUGCGCUGAAUCCUGUUGAAACACUGGUCUGCUUGUGCACCUGAUAUUGGUGUGACCUUGGCGUUCAAGACUUAAAUGUUUGUGCUUGGUUAGGAUGGUUGCAUUUCAAAGUUUGUCUUGUGUGUCUGAUUUAUGCUCCCGUUUCCCUACCUUUUAAAUUGAUGGGGUUCUUAUUUUAUAGAUUUGUUGAUUGAUUUUAAUAGCGAUGUGUACUGUUAUCUCACAUAAUCUUCUUUUAGUUUUAUAUGAAUGAACUAUUGAAUUGAUGAUUGUACAACUUCUGAAAGAGCUAUACAGGGGAUUUUGAUCC